CGACAUCCACGUGGGUUUGGCAGGCUUCACGCUCAAUUUAUUGGAUAUGGAUGGCUCAGGACGGCGCGUUGUAGAGCUGCUUUCCCUGACUCUUGAUCGUCUCGAGAUAAGGAAGGAGGGCGGAAAAGACAGGGCCCAGCUAGCCCUGUAUCAUAUUCAGUUAGACGAUAUGCGUCCCGGGGCGACUUUUGCAGUCAUCAUCCAGCCCGCCGAUUCGGGAUGGCAUACACCUGCACGACGAAGCAAAAAGCUGAAGGCAGCGGCGAUGGCAAUGUCGGUUAGUUCUACAGGAACGUGCACUGAACAGCAGACUGAACGACCAGCGGCAGCGAAAGAAGAUGAACAUGUAUUUUCCAAUUUGGUGCCCUUAGUCCGCGUCACAGCAGAGCCGGAGCUGCAUACACCUUGGUCCGAAGUCGUACAUUUUCGGGGAUUGGAGCUUUCUGUGCAAGAGCUUGAAAUGCGGGUAGAUUUGGACACGCUGUUUUCGCUCGUUGCCUAUAUAGGGCGUCUGUCGAGAUUCGACUCGGAGCGAGAAGAAAGAGCUGCGACAGCCGGUGAUAUUUAUCACCAUUAUUAUAACCAGCAUCGAGAUCCAUCCAUGCGCAGCCUUCGGACCAAUAUCAUGGACGAAAAAUCCAUAUCAUUGGUUCGUCGCCUUCUACGAUCCAAGGUGCGCGUGCCCGACGCAGCCCUAAGCGAAGCCGUCGGGCAACGGCUUGUUUACAUUGAGCUUUUCCAUCACUCUUCUUUGAUUGUCGGGAUGGAACUCGUACCAGGCGGAGGAAAUUUUCCUUCCCGAAAGGAAAGGGCAAAACAGACAGGUCUGCCAGGCAACCGGAUGGAUGGCAGUCUGGGCUUGGAUCAAGAGUUGGACGAAGCAUUGGUCAGCGGGCUGGAGCUAAUUGGCACGGGUGUUGUGCAGUUGCUUGCAGAUAUGGCGCGAAGCCUUGCCCAGCUCAGUGGAUUGACCUUGGUCUUUAAUGAAUUGCUUUUUACCCAUUACUUUGGAAGUCAUUAUGAUUUGGGUCACAUCGUAGUCCUGUCCCUUCGCCAGCAGGCCAUUACUCAGAGUUAUAAGCUAUUGGGUGCCAUGGACCUGUUAGGAAACCCUCUCAACCUAUUCUUGGGCUUCGGCUCCGGCGUUGUGGAAUUUUUCAGACGCACGCAAGCAGAGCUUGUGGGCGAUGCGGACAGCAAAGGUGAGGGGCUACGACGCUUGGCGAAAGCAGUGAUAGGUGGCCCUUUCUCGAGCGUCAGUAAGAUCACCGGCACGGUGGCAUCCUUGCUGGAGGAAGUAGUUGGCGUGCGGGAAAUGGCGGCGAUGGCCGAAGAAGGAAUGAGGGAUGAGCUUUCUUCUUCAACUGCACGGGCCAUUGGCCACCAGACAGAAGACGGGGGUAGCAGCGCUGAUGGCUGGAGGGGGCGUGCACCGCCGCCGCAACAUUUAGGUGAAGGUAUACUGAAAGGAGGAGAGGUCUUCUACAAGUCUGUGAAGAGUGGUGUCAAAAAUAUCUACGAUCUACCCCAGCAGGGUGCGUCGCGCGAGGGAUUUUCGGG